AUGUCAAUAUGUCUCGCAAAUCUAAAAAUAACAGACGAAAAACUCAAAGUAGAUUUACCGAUAAUCCUAAACAAUAUGCAAUUUAAAAAUCUGUCUAAGUAUAUGCAUAGAAUUGACGAAGAUUUUAUAACAAUUAUAAAUAAGAACACUCAAGAUGUGAAGGCGAUAUUUGAUUAUGGGCAAAUCCCAGAGUCUAAUGACUCAUAUUCUCAGCAUGUAGUAGUGCUUCUUUUCCGUAAUUUAAAUGGAGAUGGCGAUCUUGGUGGAGAUGCAAUAGUCGAUGUUGUGGAAGUUUGUGACAAGUCUGAU